AUGAAGAAAAGCGAUGCCACUGUGCUGGGCCCCAAGCCUACCAAAGCAUGCGUCAACUGCCGCAGGUUGAAGAUGAAAUGCGAGGUCGAUGGGACUCCUCCAUGUCGUCGAUGUCGCCACGCAAACGCCGCUUGUGUAUUCAAGCCUAGGUCUAAUGCUGCGGCUGCCCAUGAGAUUGUAUCAUUAUCGGAGGGUGGACAAUGCACAACUUUCUUGCCUCACUCGGCACAGUCUGAUCCAACUGCAGAGUCAGUUCUCAAUCGGCUGGACCGAAUUGAGGCCAUUCUAGGAAUUUAUAAAGGAAGAUAUGCCGCAGGGACAAUUGGUGUUGAUUCAGAUCAAGACGAAGAGGCCAGCAUGCCAAAUUCAGAGCUCUUGAAAGCUGUCAGGCAUCUGAGACUCACUACUCGCCCACCACAAGAUAAUAGUCUUUGGUCUUACCCCACAGUUAAGGGUCUAUGGGAAACAUUUCUCAAUAAUCUACCACUAUUGCACUUUCUAAAAGACCAGAGAGCCUUCUCCUCCCCUUCGCCCCUACUGCUUGCUUCCGUGCUCUACAUAUCUGCACUCCAUAACCCAAUCAAGGAACUUGCGUCAUUGGCGGGUGAGUAUUUUGUAGCCACCUGUGAUGCAAUCACUGAACUGGUUAUCCCAACUCCCCUACCAAAUGUCCUCGGUGGGUUUAGAUCAAAUCCUGCAGGUCGGAAUCAUCUAAGUUGUAAAGAUGAAGACAAAACGUUCCAGAAUAUCCUGGGCCUUAUAAUGGCUAGUCUGGUAUCUGAGGCCUACAUUGAGACCACUGACAAGUGGAUAGCAAUAGCCUACCGACUCUUGCUGGACAGUUGCCCAACUGACUUGAAUGACUUGACUCAAGACUGGUGUGGUCUACUUUCUGGUAUUCAGGUGAUUGAUAUCGAGCAUGCCUCCAUGCACAUGUGUCAUCCUCUCCUACCUAGGCAACCACCAACUCCAGCUCUCCAACAAUUAAACAGCCACGAGGGGGAUGCAUAUCGAGGUCUAACACAGAUUAUGCACCAGGGACUCAGUCAUUUUGUGGGGCGGGGGCUACCUACUAUAUGGUCCUUCGUUAGCUCGACUGGAAUCGACACCAUAAGUCAUGUCCGCACACCCUUCACGGAGGAAGACUCUAGGGUUAUCCGACUCUGGGCAAGGAGACUUGAUGACUGGCUUGUCCGAUAUAAUGGGACAUCUCAACCCUCUCCAUCAGACCGUCGAGGAAUACUCAUUCUUCUACAAUACCACCUUCACAAAUUAUAUGUGCUGUCGAUCUAUCAUCCAGCCCGCGGAUUUGACAUAAGCUCCACGAAUAUUACUCCAUCAGAAAGGCAUGAAUUGCUAGUAUCAGCACGAACCGUGCUACGACUCCGACAAGAUGAUGCUAGUAUAUGGUCUAACUGGGACCUCAUAAUGAUAACAUGGGCGGCGAUGCUCCUCUUGCGGGGUGUGGAGGAUGGUAUGAUACGCCAAGAUGAUCUGAGUCUUAUGCAAACACAUAUCAACAGCCUAGAGCGAAGCGAUCCUUCGGUACCUAGCAUUCAUAGAGUGCUUGCAGAUCGAAUUCAGUCCAGUAUGCAGAGCAUGCACAUUCCCCCUGAUAUGAACAAUGAGCUGCCUUUGCCACCACCCAACUUGGAGCAUUCGUGGACAAUAUUCGAUCAAGAGAUAAUGUCACUCGCAAACCCGUCCUGGCUUUUCGAAGGACCUUCAGUCGGGUCGGCACAGGCUGAGCUCUCGCAGCAUCCAGCAAUGUCAUCAACACGAUACACCGAUGGCCUGACCACCACCAGUCCCAAUAGCUUUGACUCCAACAAACAGUGGGGCUCCACAGAACAGCUGGCUCGUGUGCGGAUGUCAAGGUUUAAUCCAGCUUUCGGUCAUGGGAAAGCAGCGGGCACUGAUUCUUAUUUAUUAUGA